AUGACAACGAAACCAUUCCUUCUGUGGAAGCUCCCACACGUGGCUCGAAAACAAGUUCUCGAUUAUAUGGAUCCGAUGGAACUAAUCUUCUUGACAUUUAUGUCCAAGCAUAUCAAAUACUCCGCUUUUGGCUUAUUGGAAGCUGACAAAUUCUCUUGGACAGUCAUGAACAAUCUCAAAGUGAUUGAAGUAAUUUCAAAAGAUCGCACCAAUCGAAAAUUCAAAAUGAACUUUCAAAUUACUCAAGUUCCACCAAAUAACAAGACCAUAAAACUCAAGAAUAGGAAGAUUCCAUUCAAAGCAUCCAAAAAGACUUUCAACUUGAAAUCUGAGAAAAACGAAGAGGAUAACAUUUCUAUUUUAGAUGAUCUCACGGAGCACCUGCUUGUCAUUUUCAAAAUAGCUGAGUAUGGUCUUCAUUCUGAAUUCAAUUUAUUCGAUUCCCCGAUAUUCAAAAACACCAAGCGAUUCUCCGAAUUGCAACUCAAUAAUCAAGAUCUGACAGUUGAACAUACAAGAACUCUUCUCGAAACAAUGGAAAUUGACUUUUUGACACUAUAUCUGACCCGUCCAAAAAUCAAGAAAGGUCCGGAAGAUUUUCAACUGAAGCACAACAUCAUGAAACUUGGAAACAUCGAUUGGCUCAAGUUUUCUUCAGUGUUGAAUAUGAAAUGUGAAGAACUGAUUCUCGGAAGAAUGAACCAUAUCACACAGAAAGAUUUUUCGGACUUCGUUAGAGUUUGGUCAGAAGGAGGAUUCGAAAACCUGACAAGUUUUUAUGUGCAGGUUCCACAUGUCUGGGAACAGAGAGAUAUUGAUAUGUCUUAUUUAUGGAGAAAUGAAGUCUACGAAAGUUUCAAAUCCAUGGAUUUAACGAUCGUUAAAGCUACUCGCAACGGAGAUGAGAAGACAAUUCAGCGAAACGACGGGAAAAGAGCAGAAAUCCUCUUCAAAAACUUCUUCAAGUUCAAAGUUUUGUGA